AUGGAAAAUCAACAACAACGUCAGCCUUCGAUGAAAUCAAGAUUCAGACGUGUCUGUGUGUUCUGUGGCAGCAGCCCUGGCAAGAAUCCUAAUUACCAGCAUGCUGCUAUUCAGCUUGGCAAACAACUGGUUGAAAGGAACAUUGACUUGGUUUAUGGAGGAGGAAGCAUCGGUCUCAUGGGUCUGGUCUCUCGAGCUGUAUACGAUGGUGGCCGCCAUGUGUUGGGAGUUAUUCCUAAGACUCUUAUGCCAAGAGAGAUUACAGGAGAGACUGUAGGAGAAGUAAAAGCUGUGUCAGGUAUGCAUCAACGCAAAGCUGAAAUGGCUCGUCAAGCUGAUGCAUUUCUAGCCUUACCAGGUGGGUAUGGAACCUUGGAAGAACUCUUGGAGGUCAUCACUUGGGCUCAAUUGGGAAUCCAUGAUAAACCGGUGGGGUUGUUGAACGUUGAUGGAUACUACAACUCACUUCUAUCAUUCAUAGACAAGGCUGUCGAUGAAGGAUUCGUAACCCCAGCUGCCCGUCACAUUAUUGUUUCUGCCCACACUGCCCAGGAGCUCAUGUGCAAGCUUGAGGAUUAUGAACCUGUGCAUUGUGGGGUGGCAUCAAAGCUAAGUUGGGAGAUGGAGCAACAGCUGGGUUACACAAUAAAGUCUGAUAUUUCUCGUUGA